GCGCACCCGUACAGUGCUUAGUUGCGCCGCACCGCGUCCAUGGAAGAAUGGCGACGGCAAUUUCCAUUGCGGGCGCACGGCUGUCGCUUGCUCAAUCAAUUUGGCCAGCAUUUUAAGUUGGCGGGCGUCAACUGGUAUGGAGCCUCCGACUCCUUCCAUGUCGUCGGUGGGCUUGAUGCCCGUCCUUUAUCGGAGCUGUGCCACGCCGUAGCCGCCAUGGGCUUCACCGUGGUGCGCCUGCCCUUUUCCUCCGAGAUGCUCAGGGUGGAGCGGGUGCCGCCAGGUGCCAUCGACUAUGUUCAGAACAAAGAUUUGGAAGGACUGUCACCUUUGCAGGUCUACGAUCGCGUGAUCGAAGAAUUGGGAGCUGCUGGGGUCACAGUCAUCAUCAACAACCACACCACCGUGGGCGCCUGGAGUGGCGGCGUGGAACUCAACGGCAUGUGGUUCCGUGAUCAGUGCAAAGUGUACACGGAGCAGUCGUGGAUUGAUGAUUGGGUCAUGAUGGCGAAGCGCUAUGAAGAUCAUCCUGAAGUGAUUGGCUACGACAUCCGAAACGAGGUGCGGCCAACCAGCAUGAUGGGCCCCAGCCCGCGCUGGGGCAACAGCAGCCCGGUCUACGACUGGAGUCGCGCUGCUGGGAGUUGCACCCUGGUGGAAGGAGAUUCCUCAAUGGGGAUGGAAGGAGAAGGUGCCCGUGCCUUGAUGGAUGCGAAUGCUCCUGGUCUCGUGGUAGUUGAACGUAUCGCGUGGCCUCAAAAUAGCCUACGGGAGAUGUUGAAUCCAAAGCCUCCCUGGGAAGCAUGGCAAGUGCCACGAGAUCGGAUUGUGCUAGCCGUGCACAUGUAUGCUUGGAGUGGCCCGGGUGCCUGGAGUCCCAAGCAUUUCAUGCCAGGCGUUCUCCGAUCCUUUUUUGAUGUGGUGGACUAUGUGGGGGCGCGGUCUCUCUAUGGCGAGAUGAGUCAGGAGGCAUUGGAAGAGCAGAUGGACAAAGACUUCGGAUUUUGUAUCGAUGAGGACAUUUGUCCUGUUUGGCUGUCCGAACUGGGUUGCUCCCUUGACACGGAGCUGGAGUGGUUUACCAAAGUUUGCCAAUACUUGGACAAGAAAGAUGUUGACUUCGCCUACUGGCCGUUGAAUGUUGGCCCAAAACCAGGUGGAUCAGAUGACGAGGCCUAUGGCAUUUUGACCAAUGACUGGCAGCCCCGCUGGGCUGAUCCACGAUUGCAGGCCUUGCGUCGCUUAUGCCCUCAAGCAGUGUUGCCAUCACCAAAGAAGGCUCAAACCAGGCGACCUUUGCAAUUGCCUGCGCGCGCACGAGCUGACUCAGGCUCUUUGAGCCCUUUCCAUCUCAACGUCACACCCAAUGUGACACCAGUUGCUUCACCCAGUUGCUUCGGCCAAGUGGACGAGCCACUCUGGGGAGCCCCUUUUCCAUGGUGUCAACCCUUGCCAGGCCCUUUGGUGCCUUGGCCUUCUUCGACAUCUCUCAAGGAGAUGCCCGAAGCCCGAUAUAUUUGGAAGGUUAUGGAGGGCGUUGAUUCGGACCCGGGCAAGGACGGGGGGCCUUGGCGGCCCUCGGACUGCCAUGCACAUCAUGUGGUGGGGUCGGAAAACAAGGAUAGAACCAGUUGUUAUCUUACGCUACUGUGA